AGUACUCGAAACCUUCUUUCCUUUGUUCUACUUAUUUGAUACGAGCGAGUUCAGGUACUAAACUAAUAUUUGAAGGACUCUUGUACUAAAUGUUUCUUCUCUUUUAAUAGACUAUGUUCAAAAAAUUAACGAAGAAACCAGGACAUGACAAGCAUGCCUCGUCGUCGUCUACUUCAUGCACCACUUCCACUGCUCGAAUGAUAGUAAUUGGUGAAACAGGUUCUGAAAAAUCUACGUUUAUCAAUUACUUGACAAAUUUCUUUCUCAACGGAUCGCUGAAACAUCUGAAGGUAGCAAUUCCAACUCGCUAUCGUAAAUCUACAGAAAAAUACUCUCACAAUGAGAAGGAUGUUAGCGAUGUCACCGUAUCGAAAACUGAUUCCUGCUACGAAUACAAGUUUGCCCGAAAAGGAAGGUCUUAUCUGUUUUUGGACACACCAGGACUGAGUGAUACACGAGGUGUCGAUCAAGAUGACAAAAACUUAGAAAAUAUUGUUCGGUCUGUCGAAAAUUUGGACGACAUUGUGUGUGUUAUCAUUGUGAUCAACGGAACUGCUCCUCGUCUAUCAGCUAGUAUCAAAAAUGUGAUUGUUCGUAUGCAAGGCUUUCUUCCCGAUGUCAUUCUUGAUCAUGUCGUUGUUGUUUUGACCAAUGUCUAUUUUCAUAUUUGUAAUUUUGAUAUCAAAGCUUUGGAUUUAAAUGGAACGGUCCAUCCAUUUUAUAUGCAGAAUUCAGCCUUUUCCACUGAUCCGUCACGUUGGGAUGACAAUGCUAUGAAAUUAUUACAACAUGAUUGGGAUAUAGCCUUCGAAGAAUUGAAGCGAAUGCUUGGUCUUAUCGAUACGUUUCAGGUUAAAUCAGUUCAAGCAUUCACCGAAAUGAAAAACAUACGUCAUGCUAUUAAGUCCUUGAUGCAUGAAGCUCGGCUAGAAGUAGAAAAUAUUCAAAAGAUGCAAGACCAAAUUGCAGCAUUGGAAAAAGCUUUGAAGUCCUUCGGCGAUGAUCAGGAUAAGUACAAAGACUACACAAAACAGAACGUCAUCAGUGUGCCAAAACUUGUUGAUGCCGAUUAUCACAGCACAAUUUGCUCGAGAUGUGAUCUUGUCUGUCAUGACAAUUGUAGGUUAGAAGAGACAUAUGUAAAAGGUGAUGGCGAACUGGCUGGUUGUGCUGCUAUGAAUAACGGCACUUGCACUAUCUGCUCUGGACAUUGUCCAUUCGAAGAACAUUAUCAUGGUCGCAAAACUAUGCAUACUACGACCCAGACAAUUGAUGAAGUUCUACACGAUAUUAAAGCCAUGUACGAUUUGGCUUCGCAAAAUCGAGAUGCAUCAGAAAACGAACUCAAUACAGUUCAAGGAGCUAAACAGAUGUUGGACGAUGCUUUGCGGCAGAAAAACGAUGAAAUCAAAUGUAAUUGUAUUGAGUUAAAAAGAAUUUGUAGUGGGUUCAAUAUCGUCGACGAACUGUGGUCAAUGAUCAAACAACUGCAGUUGUCAAGACAGUCAAUAAAAAACGUCGAUGCACGACAGCAAGCAGAAGAUUUUAUUAACAGUUUAAUCAGUUUAUGUGAUUCGUUCGACAACGAUAAAGCUCUUGGUGGAAAUAAAUCCAAGAAGAGCAAUAUGAAAGUAGAUGAUCAGUACACAUCUGCCACUCGAAUCCAAAUGUCUGACCAUGAAGGAGAUCAGGACAAUGAGGAGGAUGAACGCUUGAAACAACAGAUGAGAAGAAAUAAACCGGCAAAAGUACCUCCUACAAAACGACCGUCAGUGAAACAAAGAUCGAGAACACCUGAAUACGAAGAAGGAGAUAAUAACGAUGACGCCCAAAAAACUGAUGUUGACGAUAUCAUAGCACGCAUUAAAAACGGAGGUGAAGAUGAUCAACAAAUCUUUGCCGAAUAUAUUCAGCAAUGUGGACAGAUGAACCGCAACAUUCUUCGAGAGAAAUAUAUGGAUUUCCAGAAUAAAAUUGAAAAAACUAUCGACACCAAUGUCUUACUCAUCACACAGAUACCUAAAGAUGUCUUACUAAAGAAUGCUGCCGCAUAUUCCUUGUUGCAAUCACAACAAUCACAACAAGUAGCAGGAGGCACAAUAGGAGGACGAGCGGAAAAUGACUUCAUUGCUCGUGAUAGGCCAGUUGAACCUAGAAAACGACGCGAUGAUUUUGGGCAAUUAGAUAAUGAUUUUUUUUUACAAGCAGAACAUCGAUCUUCGACACCACAAGCGCAACAACGUCAUAAUGCGAUUGAUGUCCCUUCAAUGUUGCAGUUAGACCUAUCAGACGAUAAUCUGUGGCGAUCCAGUGUCUUAAAACUAAAUGCUCUAUACAAUGAAGCACGUCGCAGAAACAAUUUUAACCAACAAAGCGCGAUCUAUCACGAAUACGAAAAUCGUUGUUACGGAAAAAGUCGUACUAGUCUAAUUCAAGAUCAUAAUGUUGAAUUUCAAAACAAAGUGCAAGAAUACAAUAGUAAAUCGCUGGAAGAUUUACAAACUAUAUACAAAAAUUUAAAAGACACAAUUAAACAACUACUUGGCAGCGACGACGCAACGGCCAUUACUAAACUACCAAAAGAUACUCUGAUUAAAAUUGCUGCGAUCGCACACUUAGUGGAACAGAAAGAAGCAUAA